GUAAAAGAUAAAAUGUAAUUAUUAAAUAGUAGAUAAAGACAAAAUGGGAAGCAUAUAUUAAGCUAACGACGCAAUCACAUUAAAUCACAUCAGAUGAGUCUUUUCGUCAUAUUACGUAACGAUAUUUGAAAAAUAUAAUUCAAUAUAAUUUAGUAACAAUCAAAAUAAACAUGGUAUUUAAACUAACAAUAUAAUAUAAAAUAAUAUAAUACAACGUGUAACAACCAUCCAAACAAGGCGUUAGUGAGGACCAGACAUUUGGUGCGGGAACAAUUAUAUUUGAUAUAUGAGAGUCCAAUAUCAUAAAUGUAAAGUGGAGAACAAGUAGCCAUGUUCUGAUAUCAUGUUAAAGAAAUGAAUUUUGAGACAAACGGUAAGGAAUAACCACUCAUCUCUUAAUCAUCACAGGUGAAACAAAAUCAUAUAUAUUUGAAAGAAGAGAAAUUUGUACUAUUCUUGGAGUUGUUGUUAGUAAUGUUGUUGAAAGCAUUGCUGGAAAUGCUUAGUCUCAAAGCACAAAAUAAGCUUCAUAAGACUUCCCACUUUUUACUAAUUGAGUGACUUGAAAGUACAUAUUAGUAAUAUCUCCAUGCACCAAACACCAAAAAUACUAUUUGUUUAUUUGCUCAUUCUAUGCUAUAUAUACCCAAAAUCCUGUUGCACAAUCAUCUCAUCUUCCUUUCAAGUUGCAAUUAAUUAAUUAAAUCCUUAGUUACCAAUUUAACCUUAACUAAUGGCUCCUUUUUCUACUAUCUUAUUUCUUGUUUUGUUAAUAGCCCCUCUAUGCAAUGCAACUCUUGGAGUUCAAUACUAUGAUCAAACAUGUCCUCAUGCUGAAGACAUUAUUUAUCAAACAAUUCGCAACGCUUCAUUUUUUGAUUCUAAAGUCCCUGCACGUCUUCUCAGGAUGUUCUUUCAUGAUUGUUUCAUUAGAGGAUGUGAUGCAUCAGUUCUAUUGGAUUCAACACCAGAAAACAAAGCAGAGAAAGAUGGUCAGCCUAACCUCUCUCUUGGAGCUUUCUAUGUGAUUGAUGCUGUCAAAACUAACCUCGAAAAGGCUUGCCCAACAACUGUUUCUUGUGCUGACAUAGUUGCCAUCGCAGCUAGAGACGUCGUCGCCAUGUCUGGAGGUCCAUACUGGAAUGUACUAAAGGGAAGAAAAGACGGGAGAGUGUCAAGGGCUAAUGAGACAGUAAACUUACCUGCUCCAUCUUUCAACACAAGCCAACUCAUUCAGAGCUUUGCCAACAGGGGACUGGCAGUGAAAGAUUUGGUUGCCCUUUCUGGUGGACACACACUUGGAUUCUCACACUGCUCUUCAUUUGAAGGCAGACUUCAUAACUUCAGCUCAGUGCACGACACUGACCCGAGUUUGAAUGCAGUAUUUGCACAGAGCUUAAAGCAGAAAUGCCCGAAACCCAACAGUGAUCGCAAUGCAGGACAAUUGUUGGACCCAACUUCAUCAGUAUUUGACAACAACUAUUACAAGCAAAUUAUUUCAGGCAAAGGUGUUUUUGCAUCAGACCAGAGUUUGUUGAAUGACUACAGGACUGGAUUGAUUGUUAAGGCAUUUGCCAAUGAUCAAGCUACGUUCUUCAGGGAAUUUGCUGCUUCAAUGAUCAAGCUUGGAAAUGUUGGUGUCCUUGAACAUGGAGAAGUUAGACUCAACUGCAGAGCUGUGAACUAAAAAAUGAGUGUGUUUGUACCUAUGUUUGUUCUUUUUGCUGUCUAAUAAUCUGAGGCUUAAUGAAAUACUAGUAUGAAAUAUCUAUGCACCUUGUAUAAUUCCCUUGUAAGGUGAAGAGGUAGCAGAGGAAGAAAUAAUAUCAUCUAUGUUGCUUAUUGUUCAUAA